AUGAGUUCAGCUUUUUGGGUAGACUCAUGGACGGGAUCCUCGCCUUUUGCUGUCAGAUAUCCUGGGUUAUAUGCUCUAUCUAGAACAAAGCUUAUUUCAGUCAGUCAACAACUGGGAGGUAACAUCCAGCUCUUAUCUUCAGCCAGCUUUUGCUGGAACCGUCGCCUGCGGUUAGGAGAAUCCGAGCAGCUGGACUGCCAGAUACCUUCAACUGGAGGAAAAAAUAUUCUUAAAAGCAGGGAUGUUUCCUUUUCAAUUCAGCAGCUGAAUACUUACACGGUGAACAACAUUUUUUUCCCUACUAUUUGGAAGUUUAAGGUACCUCCUCGUAUUCAAUUCUUUUCGUGGCUUCUUGCUUAUGGUAGAAUUUUUUCAAAUGCUUCUUUGGUAGCAAGAGGCAUAUUGAAUCCGUAUCUUAUUGGUUGUUUGGUUUGUCAAGUGGAGGAAUCUAGCAUGCACAUUAUUUGCUAUUGUUGUUUUGCAUGGAAAUUUUCGUGCUAUAUUUUGGCUAGAUGUGAUAUAACUUUGGUCUCACCUCCGUCAGUAGAUAUCUUUUUUAGCAUUUGGUCUUCCCUCUCCCAUUCUUCUUUCAAGGAUAUUUGGCGGCUUAUUUGGUUUUUUGGUAUUUGGGAGUUAUGGAAAUCUCGGAAUAAUAGGGUGUUUAAUGAUUUGGAGAAUUCACAUGAGUCUUUAGCUUAUUUGUGUUGA